AUGGCUGCCAUGGAUGAGGCCAGGCCUUAUACGUCCUCCACCGAACAUGUUCACCUGUCGAAUAUCCGCGCCCGCAAUGUCCCCGACGUUCCAGAGGAUGUCGAUUUCAUGAUGGAGCACUUGAACGAUCCCAACUACGACUUGAGGGCUCGUCCGCCUUCAUUCACCUCCGUAGAAAAGAAGAGCAAGAAAGGCACCUACACUCACUCCGAUGUCGAUGCCGAGUCCCAGUUCGAGUCGGAUCGGUACUCCACCUCGAGAGCAGAGUCUAGAAACUCGACGGCAAUUGAUUUCGACGACGAGUCUCCCUACCCCGAAGUGCGAGCCGCAGUCACCAGCGUCGAUGAUCCGUUGAUGCCAGUCAACACUUUCCGCAUGUGGUUUUUGGGAAUUAUCUUCGUCCUCCUAGUCUCAGGAUUCAACCAGAUCUUCGCAUUGCGCUACCCCUCCGUCUUCAUCACCGGUAUCGUCGCCCAGCUCGUCUCUCUCCCUCUCGGUCGAGGCCUCGCCCGCGUCCUCCCCACCACCAAGUUCAACACCUUUGGAUACAUCUGGUCACUCAACCCGGGCCCGUUCUCCAUCAAGGAGCAUGUCUGCAUCACCGUCAUGGCCAACGUGGUCGUCGGAGGCGCCUACUCGACCGAGGUCGUCCUCACCCAACGCAUCUUCUACGGCCAAACCGUCCCCAUGAGCUACCAGAUGCUCCUCGCGCUCGGCUCGCAGAUAAUCGGGUUCUCCUUCGGUGGUUUCCUCCGGCAGUUCGUCGUCUGGCCGUCCAGCAUGAUCUGGCCCGGUGCCUUGGUCAACUCGGCCUUGUUCAACACCCUCCACAAGCACUCGUACGUCAGCCCCGAGAGGAGGCACAUGUCCCGCGAGCGCUUCUUCUGCAUCGCCAUGGCCAUCAGCUUUGUGUGGUACUGGGUCCCAGGAUUCCUCUUCACCGGAUUGAGCAUGUUCAACUGGGUGUGCUGGAUCGUGCCCACCAACAUCGUCGUAAACGCGCUGUUCGGUACCAACACCGGCCUCGGGAUGAGUAUCCUCACUUUUGACUGGAGCAUGAUUGCUUUCAUUGGCAGUCCUCUCGUCACACCUUGGUGGUCUCAAAUGAACACCGGUGUCGCUUUCAUUAUCAUGUUUUGGAUCGUUGCCCCCAUUCUUUACUUCACGAAUGUCUGGAAUUCCGCAUACUUCCCCAUCUCCGCCUACAUCUCCUGGGACAACACUGGCAUGCCCUACCAAGCCAAGCAAAUUGUUACUGACGGCAUCUUUGACCCCGAAAAGUAUGCGGCCUACUCUCCUGUUUUCAUGUCGGUUACGCUCGCGUUGGCAUACGGUAUUGCCUUCGCCGCUUUCCCUGCUGUCUUCGUGCACACUUUCCUGUGGUUCCGCAAAGAUAUCGUCCGCCGAUUCCGUAACACCUUGAAAGACGAGCGCGACAUCCACUCUCGCCUCAUGCAGUACUAUCCUGAGGUUCCUAUGUGGUGGUACGGCAUCGUCGGCGUUAUCGCCUUUGCCUUCCUCUGCACGGCCAUCGAGCUUACCCCGACUCAACUCCCUAUCUGGGCUGCCGUCGUCGGUAUCGCUCUUGCCGCCAUCCUAACCAUCCCUCUUGCCAUGCUCCAAGCUAUUACCAACCAGCAAGUGCCCACACAGGUGAUGCACGAGCUGAUCGUUGGCUACAUGCUCCCAGGACGCCCCAUCGCCAACGUCAUCUUCAAGACGAUCGCCUUCAUCACCGCCAACCAGGCCAUCAACUUCGCAGGAGACUUGAAGCUCGGCCACUACAUGAAGGUUCCGCCCCGCAUCAUGUUUUCUGUCCAGGUCGUCGCCGCAUGCAUCGCCUGCGUCUGGGUUACGCUUGUCCAGGACUUCAUGCUCACAAACAUCGAGGAUAUCUGUACACCCGGCCAGAAGUCCGGUUUCCGCUGCCCCGGCUCGACCACCUUCGCCACCGCCUCCGUCAUCUGGGGUGCCGUCGGCCCUGCCCGCCUCUUCAGCCCAGGUGCACCCUACUCCGGUCUCCUGUGGUUCUUCCUCAUCGGAUUCCUCGGCCCCAUCCCCUUCUACUUCCUCGCCCGCCGCUUCCCCUUGUCAUUCUGGCGCUACAUCAACGUACCCGUGUUCUUCGCCGGCCUCGGUGCGAUGCCCCCCGCCUCGGGCAUCAACUACAUCUCCUGGGUCCUUUGGGGCUUCAUCUUCAACUUCUGCAUCCGCCGUUUCCACUUCCGCUGGUGGAUGCGCUACAACUACAUCCUGUCUGCGGCUCUCGACGCUGGCGUCGCGAUCGCGAUGAUUGUGGUGUUCUUCGCGUUGGGACUGCCCAAGACGGGUGGUAUUGAGCUUCUGUGGUGGGGCAAUACUGUCUGGCAGAAUACAGCAGAUGCCGAGGGUCUUCCAUUCAAGCCUAUGCCAGAAGUAGGCUUUGUUGGACCCGCAACAUGGUCAUAG